AUGUCAGCUAUGGAGAAGCACUUGUUUAACCUUAAAUUUGCAGUGAAAGAGCUGGAACGCAACGCCAAGAAGUGUGAGAAGGAGGAAAAAGCCGAAAUACUGAAGACGAAGAAAGCCAUCCAGAAGGGUAACACAGAGGUGGCACGGAUCCACGCCGAGAAUGCAAUCCGACAGAAGAGCCAAUCGCUAAAUUAUCUGCGUAUGAGCGCACGGGUCGAUGCCGUGGCCAGCCGUGUACAGACCGCGCUUACGACGCGCAACGUUACAAACUCGAUGGCGGGCGUCGUCAAGGCAAUGGAUGCGGCCAUGAAGGGUAUGAACCUGGAGAAAAUAUCCGGCCUGAUGGAUAAGUUCGAGUCACAGUUUGAGGAUCUGGACGUGCAGAGCUCGUACAUGGAAAACACCAUGUCCCAGACGACGACCACGGCCGUACCACAGAACGAUGUGGAAUCGCUAAUGCAGAGAGUUGCUGAUGAAGCUGGCCUUGAACUCAACAUGGAACUUCCUUCGGGACCAUCUUCGGUUGCGAUCGGUGCCUCAACGCAAGCAUCCACCGAGCAAGAUGAACUAACGGCACGCUUAGCACGUUUGCGACAGGCCGAAUAA